AUGUACACUCACCGCCGUAACCGUCACCCUCGACUCUCGUCUCCAGCCCGUACCUGUUUCCCACCAUCGCAGGACCUACCCUUCUUUGACGACAUGCCGCGUCCUCAGAACUCUCACUACGAGGAACCACAGGCACUCGAGCAUCCUCGGCGCGACUACCUCGGUUAUGCAUCGCCGAGAUAUGACAGGGACAACAAUGAUGACGACCACAGUCACAGCACGCAGUCAUACAUCCACUGGCCUCCAGGUCCGUCGUACUGGGAGACCGCACAACGCGCCCGUCUCCCAGCCCAUUAUCUACCCUCUCCAUGGAGAGACACCCACAGGGCCAGACUGCGCCAUGAGAGGGAAGAAAGAACAGAGACGCAAUUCGAAGUCCUCCCUAGCGUCGAGAACAACGACCAUUACUCUCCAAUCUCCACGGACCCCCAGUGGGCAAGUGACUCGUCCUGGACGUCCCUACCGACUCCCGCAUCCGAAACAUUCACCUCACGAUCCCCAUCCUUCAGCGACGACGAUUCCAUCUCGGACCUCCAUCACCGCCGCCACCGCCGGAAUCAAGUUCCCGAUUACGUCCGCUCAACACCCGGAUCAUCCCCCCUUACCUUCCCAUCCCUAUCCUCAUAUUCAGAAGACAUCAACGACCGCAGCGCAACAGUCCGGCCCCCAACGCCACCCCGACGCCGGCAGCAAGCCCCAUCCCCAUCGCCACCUCCACCCUCCGUACACGCUCAUCUACCGACCUUGCCGUUCCGCCUCAGUCGUCAGGCGGACUGCAGAGUGAUGUGGUUUAGGAGUGGAAGAAAUUUGGGUUGA